UAUUUACAACCUCCCUGUUUUGCCUAUGUUAAACAAACAUCUCCAUCCAUUCAUGUUGUUAAGGGCUCUGUGGGCUAAAGGUUAAUCCGAGCUGUUACUAGGUGAGUAAACAAUAGCCAUCACAGGACAAGUUACAUUCAGCCAUUAUCUUUAGUGUCAUUACGUUCUUGGGUUGGAAACUAUCAUACUCCGCCAGAUGAUCUCAGAGGACUGUGCUACCACUGUUAGAUCUGUUAUUAGAGAUUGUGACUUUAUGAUCUAAAACAUCCCCUCUGACCAAACAGCCUGUGGUUAUGGUCUCAAAAUGUCAAAUAUACAAAUUUAUGUAUCUACUUUCAUUUUUUUUUAAGAUAUGCCGAGUAAAUAAGAAAGAAGGAGGCGUGAGGCCACUCUCCCCCAGCACAACUGGAACCACUGAGCUCUCAUGCGAGACGCCGUCGCCAUUUAAAGAGACGACGGUCACGUGUUGCUGUUGACAUCCUGUUUACCGGCUGUUGUACUUUUGGGCACCAUUCGCACAUUUCGUACCUCGCUGCUGGUACUUCACAUAUGCUGGAUCAACGUUGUGCAGCAUCAGUGUUCCUUCUAUAGUUUUUAAUUUCAUGGCCGUGUUUUUUAGGGGGAUAUGAAGACGUGACACCGAAGGACCGUGAGCAGGCCUCGGAGGAAACCGGACCUUUCCUGGUUGCACCUGACGGGACUUUGGUUGCUUGUGCCGAGCGUCGUGCAUCACGUCUUGUGCAAGAAAGAAACACGAACAGAGCAGCAGUCCUGUGGUGCCGGACUUCACAGACGGAGUCUCAAAAAUGGUCCUUCUGGUUUGUGUUAGAGAAGCAGCUGCUGUCAUCCGCUAGUGAGCCGCGCUAGCUGCGGUGCUGCGCGAAGCGUCUGGUCGAAGCGUGGAGCAGCUCGUCGGUGCCCUGAAUCCAGAAAAGCUCCGCGGCUCCGGCCCCCUGAAACGGCCAGCCAGGAAGAAGCUGGCGGGGAGGGGAUGGCCAGGUCGCCCCCCCUGCUCCGAGGGACGAAGCUCUGCGGUGUUUGAAGGAGGUCGCGUUCGGAUUGAGGCCACGGCCGGAGCUCGAGGCGCCAUGAUGGCCGCCUCCCCCUCCGCGGCCAGCGGCGUCUCAGCCGCCGGGCUGCCGGUCAGAAAGAGCGAGGACAUAGCGGACUUGAUAGAUUUAUUCUCCAGGACUCAGUACAGAGCGAAAGAAGUUGGUCCACGGGUGGAAGUGAUAGAGAAUCGCUGUCUGGAGUUAUUUGCCAGAGAUUACAAGUAUAGUGUCAUACAGAACUCCAAUGGAGAAGUGUGUGGCCAUUAUCCUCGGCAGAUCGUUUUCCUGGAGUAUGAAUGUACAGAUAUCGAGAAGGACAGGUAUGAAAGCACAGUCCAGGUGGGUAAGCUCCAGGACCUGGUGAGCCGCAGUAAGCUGGCUCGCUGCAGAGGGAGAUUUGUUUGUCCCGUCAUACUCUACAACGGCAAGCAUAUUUGCCGGUCAUCCACACUGGCAGGCUGGGGUGAGCUGUAUGGACGAACAGGCUACAACUAUAUCUUCUCAGGGGGCAGUGAUGACACGUGGACAGGGUCAGCGGAGGUUCCAGAGGAUGACAAUGCAGUCAGGAACGGGGACUCACAGCUUUUUGACAAGGUCCGAGGUCACGACAUUAAGCUGCUGCGCUACCUCUCUGUUCGUUACAUCUGUGACCUCAUGGUGGAGAACAAGAAGGUCAAGUUUGGUCUAAAUGUAACAUCCUCAGAGAAGGUGGACAAGGCCCAGCGAUAUGCAGACUUCACCUUGCUCUCUGUGCCUUACCCAGGAUGUGAGUUCUUCAAGGACUACAAAGACCGAGACUACACAGCAGAGGGUCUGGUGUUCAACUGGAAUCAGGACUAUGUGGAUGCUCCUUUGACAAUCCCUGCGUGCUUUACGCAGAACCUGGACAUUGACUGGACUCAAUACCAGUCAUGGGACUUGGUGGAGCAAACCCAGAACUACCUGAAGUUGCUUCUGCACAUCAUCAACAGUGAUGAUGAAAGUGGCCUCCUUGUGCACUGUAUAUCAGGCUGGGACCGGACGCCACUGUUUGUGUCCCUGCUCAGGCUCUCACUGUGGGCUGAUGGCGCGGUGCAUGCUAGCCUGGAGCCAGCAGAGAUUCUUUAUCUGACCAUCGCCUAUGACUGGUUUCUCUUUGGUCACAUGCUGCCAGAUCGACUCUCCAAAGGGGAGGAGAUUUUCUUUUUUUGCUUCAAUUUUUUGAAGCACAUUGUCUCAGAGAAGUUCUCUACUGUUAAGAAACAAAGAAGGAAGAACUCCCACCUCAAAGACAGUGAUUUUACAAUGGAAGACCUUUUCCAACUGAAGCUGAGGGACCGCGGCAGUGUGACCAGUUUGAGCAGCGAGUUUUCCCUCAUCACUGAGGAGGUGUGUGGCGCCUCCAGCCUCAACAAUGACACUGUGGACCUGUUGUCCAGCCAAGCCCAGGCCUCCAGCUGGAGAAAAGGAACCACUUCCUCUCCUCAGAUGGUUGUUUGGAAUAAGCAGAACCCUCUGGAUGACAACCUCUCCCAUCCGCUCCAUGAGGCCAGAUCCUCCAGCUCUUCAUCGUCCAAUCAGUCAGAGCACGGCGUGUCACGCACUGGGAGCAGCCCAUUGGCCGUCCCAGGGAGAAGGUUAGCUGCAGAAUCCACUCGGUCAGGUUCUUCCCUCUCUACGGACUAUGGGAGCUGGCAGAUAGUUUCUGGUUGUGGUAGCAUCCAUGACCACGGUCUGUUCCCUCCACCUCCAGCCUCCGCUACCUCCAACUCCUCGGCUGUUGCUGUAGCCUUCGAUUCCCCAUUUCCUAAAAGUUUUCAGGAUGAAGGUGCUGGUGGACGAAUGUUCUCCUUCCCGUCAGAGCGUCAGGCCCGUUUGGAGGCAGUGCGGGAAGUGUUCCUGGCAGCCUAUAGCUCCACAGUUGGCCUCAAGUCCUCUGCACCCAGCCCCUCUGGUGCCAUAUCUGGCCUGCUUGAGCAGUUUGCCCGCGGCGUCGGACUCCGGGGCAUCAAUGCCAUCGUCUAAAUCUCCUCAAUGAGACCUCGGACCUCUUCUUUACUUCCAUCCAGCCUCAGUCGAUUGUAUGGACUCGGUAAAAUAAAGUGCCAAAUAUCUCUUUGAUUCAGGGGUUAAGCAUUAAUUUCUCCUUGACUUUUGCUGAUUUUAGGUGCCCUUAUUUUUAUUAUUAUUUUUUUUUAAAUGAUACUCCAACUUUUCUCUUGACUUUUAAUCUUCUGUGUUGUUUUAGCCACUGUAUCAAAAAGGGAGAGCGGCUUUAAAGCUGUUGAAAUGUGAAUGGCUGAGAACAUGCGAGGAAAAUCUACAGAGCUUGUUCUUUUUGUUUUUAAUCUUUUUAUAUUGCUCUUUAUUCCCUAAAGAGGCUUGUGGUUGUUGUAGUUCUCAUUUUGAUGCUAAUCCUUAAUGAUUUAACCGGCAAAAUUUUAUUUUCUUAUGGAUGAAGACAACACGUUUUGUCUAAACUGGCCUUUUUUUUUUUUUUUUUUUUUUUUUUUUUUUUGUAAAAGAAUAAAAUGUUUAGGUUACUGCUUUGAAUUCUGGGAGUUAGAAAUGAUAAAUAAGUGAGUUGUUGGUCACUAGAGACAUUAGUCUUGAUGCAUGAAGAAAUAUUUUAUAGUUACCAAAGGUAAACUGCAAACGUCUGGCUGCAUAAACAUUUUCACUGAGGUAUACCUUUCACUAAACUUACGGUUGAAUCUCUGUGCCCGCGUCUAGGAUGUACCUACUCUCUGACAUGCUACUGACAUGUAGCCCUCUGCACCUCAUACUUUUCAGCCUUCUAGAAACCAACCUGAUUUACAGCAUAAAGUUCUGUCUUUUGUAUCCAGUUUAUACAAGAUAAAUGACUAUAGUGAGCAACAACUGUGGAUAUAUAAUGGCUAAUGAUCUUCCAGUUCUGUACUUCUGUGUUCUGUGCAAAUGGAAUGUUUCCUGAAGGCCUCGUGUAAGCUUGUUCUAGUGCCAAACACGCAAGCUUCUUUUUAAUUUUGCUAGUGUUUUGUCCACGUCCGCUACUUUAUUCCAUAGGCAGUGAUUUCGUCUCUUGUGUGGUUGUCCCCACUUUUAACAUGUAGUAACCAGCUAGAAAUCAAUGCCUUUUCAUCGUGAACUUAAGGUGAGGCACGGCCCAAUUGAUCCUUGCUGUGCUGAGAUUUCAACCCAUUUUCCACUGGGAUUUCCACCCAGCCAUCGUUUAAUCGUGUCAGAACUGUCUGCCUCCUCUGGACAGAUGUUUGUAACCUAGCUAUCCGUUGCACAAAGCCACAGAUGCUGUACCUCAGGACAUUUAGUUUAGUCAGGACUGUAGCUGUUCCUUUGUAUUGUGUCCAGUAAGUUUUCUGCUUGUUCUGGCCAAAUUUCAGGUCAAUCUCCUCUCACCUCGGGGGGGUAACCAGCUGAUAUUCAUUUUUUUCCCCUCCUUUUUCCAAUCACAUUUUUAUUUGUAAAAUUCAUUGUUGUUGCUCCAUAACCUAAAACUGUGCAGACACUGGAGAAUGUCAUCAUCAUCAACAACAAAGCAGAAUUUUUGAUUUAAGAUCUGAUUCUAGAAGGAAUUUAGGUAAAACUAGUAAUUUUAGAUUCUGAUAGCAAGAUGAAAAGCUUAUUACUGUUUACAGAAGAGGGCAGAUCUAAAGCUGAGGUGUGUAAAUGCAGGCUAACGUCCCAAAUGCUUUGUUAACACAGUUGAGCUGAGAAGGUGUUCUUUUAGCGCAUGUUUCUCUUAGUGGCUUUUAAAAACCUCUGGUGAGAUACUAUGGUGCAGGCUGUAACUCUUAGCCUGGAUCACAACUGACCCUGUACUGGUGCAGUCCACUUCACUUGUCAGAUGAAUGAUUCAGAAUCUUUACCUUAGACUUGAUGUGCUACAACAGUAGUCCGUCUUUAUCUUCCUCCCAGAAUGCUAAACAUGUUUUCCAGAAUUGUGAGAGAGUGACCCUGAGAGUCUUUGAUUUUUUUUAAGUGUUUCAACAUCCAAAGUAACUGGCAGUAGAACAAUCUGUCCAUCUUUGCAAUCAGUUACUCGAGACUAGUUUGAACCUUUUUGAUUACUUUGGAAUUCAAGGCUUCUUGUCAUGAUUUUCUUUACUGUGGCCUGUGUCUAAUUAAGUCAAUCACAAAAUAACUGCAAAAAACUAGAACAUUGAGAAACUAGUGAAAACAUGUUCUUAUAAGUUGUCCUUAAAAUACUUCCAGAUUAACUGAGGUGGUCAUGUUUAUCGCUGGGUUGGUGCGUGCCUCAGGCUGAUCUCAUUUGUGAAAAGUGAUCGGUUUGAUCUGUUUUUAACCAUACUUAUUGUGUGAAGGGUUUCCUCCUUUUGUAAUGUUUUAGGUAAUUGUACAUAUUUGUAUAAAUUGCUCGUAAUUCUUGGCAAAUAUGAGGUUAUAAUAAAAAAUUAACAGCAGAUAAUGGUUGUAAAUAACGAACAGCAA